UGAUAAUUUUGCUGUUAUCAUUGGUUAUCAUGUCAGCAGUGACAGUUUCACCUCAAACAUUUUAUAAAUUUUAGUGCAAAAAUUCAUUCUUCCUUACGAAAUGGCGGAAUCAGAAGGAGGACCUGUUGAUUUGGACGCAACUCCAGAUAAUCCUUUUCAACCUGGUGUUGCCUCAACUCCUGGUGGUAAUGCUACGUUCAACCCCAAUUAUGCCUCUACACCGAAGAAAAAUAUCCGCUUUAUGGACGAAAGUAUAUCGAAGAUCCACGUUUACCCAAGUCUGCCCGCCACACCAUACACAAAAAAGAACGUCCAAAACUUCGCAACCGCCUUGCCAGUGAUACCGGACGAGGCCCAGCCCUUCAACCCUAUUCUUUACACCUUUAGGAUUCCAGACAGAUGGCCGAAGAUGUUGACGCAUCUCAGAGUUCGAAGUCCUCCCUUCUACCUGCAGCUGGACCAUGCCAUCGCCGUCAUAUGGUGUAUGUUUUGUCCCAACGCCAAGAAAACCUUAGGUAUCGCCCAGAUUCAUUGGGCGCUGAGCUUUCUGAAUUCUCUGAACAAUCGCAAACACGAACGACCGAAAGAUGUGCAGCUAUGCAUAGACGCAAUGGAAGACUACCUGAUCGAACUGUACGCCGAUCUCAGUAACAAGCUGGAACCUCUCAAGAACAUGGAGAAGUCUCAGAGGGAAGAGGAGGAAGCACCAGUGGCUACGGAGAUUCCCUUCUCACUGAACUACAGCGAAAUGAUACAUAUUGCGCAGAAUAUAACUGAGUCCGGAUUGUCAGGCGGCCAACUGGUUAAUGUUGAUGAUAUCUUCAGGAGGGAAGUGGAAGAAUUGAAGGAGAUCUCUGGAACAGAUUCCGUAGAAUUGUUGACAUCAAAGUCUAGAGAAGCUGCAAUCGACUAUUUGAACGAUACAAGGAGCAGGCAUCUGAGGAAUGUGUCAAGAGAAAUAGAAAGAAUAAGAUCGCUGGAUAACCUGCUCAGCGUGAUAAAUCCAAAUUCGGAAAUUUCAGACAGAACCAACAGCCUGUUGAUGUCGCUUCUCAGACAAGAUGAGUCUUCGGAUAUCAAUAACACCUCUGACUUGGAGAAUGUAAACGAAUCGUCUGAUAUAAAUGAUACUUCAGAUAUUGGAAAAUCAGCUUAAUGUAAUGUUGCUCAAUAUUAAAUCUUCAACUCACA